CCAAAUCUUGUAUCCUGGGUCUAAGAUCCAAACUCUGUGCACUUUAAUUUACUAUGGGACCCAAAAGAAGUAAAGUAAUGAGCACUCUGGAUUCAAAAGAUCAUCAGAUUGAUCGAUUGAGUUCACUUCCGGACAAUCUCCUUAUAGAUAUUCUCUCUCGUCUUCCUCUCAAAUCUGCCGCCAUAACCUCUGUCUUAUCCCGCCAAUGGCGUUAUAUCUGGACCCAGAUUACCAAUAUUGUCUUGGACAUGGCUUCACGAACUAGCUGGAAUUGGAAUGGAUGUGUCUUCACGACUGCCAAUGGCAUUCUUUGGCAGCUUACCUCUCCGAAAAUUCACCGUUUUGAACUUUGUUUACCUUUUUCUACCAAGGGGAUGAAGAAAGUUCGUUUUUCGUAUGUAGAAUCAUGGAUUCAUGAUAUAUGUGUCCGAAAUACAGAUUACAUCCAGGUACAAGGUUCUUGCAUGUGGGAUAAUUAUCCAAUACCGACUUGUAUUCUUCAGUGUCAAUCUUUGGUAGUCCUUCAAUUGAUUGGAGGUAUUUCUAUAAAAGUACCUCAUGGUGGACUUGUUGUUAGUCUUCCUAAACUUAAGAAAUUUAAUUUCUCUGUGGAGGUUUUGGAUUGUGAAUUGUUGGCCAAACUUUUUAGGUCUUGUCCACUUUUGGAAGAUUUAACUCUGGCGGGUGAAUUUUUGGAGAGUGAACAAUGUUUUGAUUUAUCAGUUCAUAAUCUCAAAAUAUUGGUUAUUAAGGCGAGUGUUUAUCCACAACCUAAACACGAAAAAUUUGUGAUCAAUGCGUCAAAGCUUCAAGAAAUUACAUUAUGUGGUACUAAUUUGGAUUUUGUUCGUUUUGUCAAUUAUUCGAAUGCCUUAAUCACAGCAAAUAUUCGGUUAAAGUCUAUUUUAAUGGACAAAGUUGAUUAUCUUAGUCGAACAACGGAUUUGGCUCGGUUGAUUUCUAGUGUAAGCUCCCUUAAUCUGAAUUCCACUAUUUUAAAGGCUUUUACAGAGUUGGAGACUGAUCUUCUUCCGGUGUUUGAUAAUUUGUCUAGUCUAAGCAUUACGUUGGGUGAUGGUUAUGGUAGCUGGAAUGAUAUGCUUCAAUUUCUAAGGCGGUCUCCGAAAUUAGAGUUCCUUCGUAUAUCAUUGCCACAAGUAUUCAGAUGGGAUAUAUCAGAACAAUGGUCUGGUUGUUGGAGUCGGUUGAAAAGGAUAGGGAUAAAAUACAUUAAUGGGACUGAUGCUGAUGUUGAGAUGAUCAAGUACUUGUUGAAUCAUGCAAAAGAAUUAGAGGUAUUAUCGGUUUAUGUUCGUGUACCGGGUAAUAACAAAGCAAAAAUGUCAUUUUUACGUGAGAAAUUGUUUGGACUUCAGAAGUACUCAACAUGUAAAAUCAAAUUUUAUGGUCGGUAUGGACUUCAUUCCCCGCCAAUGACCAAUGAAGUAGGACUGUAGGAGUAUUCGUGUUACAGUUAAUAAAUAAAUAAGUCUUUUAUGUGA